AUGUCGCGCAGUCAGCUUUCCAUCGACUUGGAGGAUUUUUUGGGGUAUGAGGCACCGAUCCCCACGGAUGCCUUUGUUGUCGGUAUCCGCCCGCGCGCGCCGCUUCCGCGACGAUCUACGCAUGCAUAUGAUGGCAAUGGCAGCGAUCUUUCCGAUCUGUCGUCGCGGCCCAACUCCGUCGUUGCGUCAACGGAUGUACGGAGUCGGCGCAGACCGCGAGAGAUGUUGUAUGGAGUGCAUGAGGACCUCGAAGCACAGCGACGGGCCUUGGUCGGACAAUCUCGUCGCGCGAACUCGCCCAGAAGCCGUGUCACGGUGAUUAAAGAGGAGGAAGCUAUGAAUUCCGAGACCACCGUGGGCACCAAUGACAAUGACACUGAGGUACAGCGCCGUGGCGGACCGCUCCGCCGGCUGGAGUCGAAUCGAGCUCAGCUAAGCCGCGAGUUUAGCGAGGCGCGGGACCUGGAGCGGCAGCAGCAGCAGCUCAUCGCCAUGCUGACAAGUCGUCUUGAUGACAUGGACGCGCGCUUUCAGGCGCAGGUGACGGAGCUGUCGGCGAAGCUGGAGAAGAUGAACGUCAGUGUGGGCGAGAAGUACGACGCGAUCUACAGCAAGAUGUCGGACACGAUAAGUGCGCGAGGGGAGGAGGUGUCACGACUGGAGCAGGAGCUGAGGGCGCUGAAGAUGUCAAACGCAGAGGAGUUCAAAUCAUGCCGCGAUAGCAUUGUGGCGUGCCGCGCAGACUUGGCCAAGCUGGAGGGCCGACUGGAAGGUGUACUGUCCCGUCCGCCGUCGUCGUCUGUAGCAGCCGCCCCCUCCCCUUCAUCGACCUCCGUCUCGCCGGCCCCACCAGCGCAGCCGUGCUCAUCGUCAACGGCGUUCAAGCCUGGUGGUAACGCUUGCGGCGGCUUCCCCUCCAGCCUCCCCUCGGCGGCGACGUUUUCUGCCAACGCUCCCGCCUCGUCUCACCCAUCUCCUUCGGCAUCGACCGCCGGCACUGGAUUUGGCUUGGCUACCUCGGCGGCGGCGCUGGGCGGAUUUGGCGCGAAGCCGGCGGAGAAGGCGGUCGCUGCCGCAGCCGCUGCCGGAGUGGCGAACACAACGGCCGAAACCGUCAACGCGUCGAGUGCGUCGACGUCCGCAAAGGCGCCGGCUUUCGAAAACCCCUUUUCCACCCCGCCAACUGACGCGAGCAGCUCGGGCAACCCGUUUUCGCUUGGCGGCUCCGCGAACACAAAUGCAGUCGCCGCCACGAAGCCGCAGGACGCCUCAUCAGACAAGCUGGCAACCUCAGCAAGCACAAGCGCAUUUGGUAUGGCGAGCAGCAGUUUCCCUGCAGCCGCGAGCGCAGCGCCGAAUACCGGGGAGGCCAAGCCGUUGGUGUUUGGCGGUGGCGUCACAGGCGCGUUGCAGGGUGCUGCUGCUGCGCCGGCGCCGUUUGGCACAGCCUCCACCAGUUUCUCGUUCCUAGCAAAGCCGGCGACACCACCGGCGCAAGGCAGCAGCGCGGUGACAAACAGUUUCAACGUAGCCGCUGCACCGUCUGGCACGCCGAGCGGAUCGCCGUUCUCGCUCACAAGUGGUGGUGCAACUUCGACCUCUGCGGCAGCGGGCGGAAAUCCUUUUAUGCCUGCGGCGGUCGAUUCGUCGAGCCCGAAGCCGCCAGCAUUUGGCGGUGCAGUGACGCCUCAGCAGGGGCCGCCGCUGGCGAACGGAGGCACCUCCGCAGCAUCGGCAGCGGCGGCCGUCACCUCUUCGUCUUUGGACAUGAGUAACCCUAGUGCGCGUGCACCGGGGAGCGGUGGUAGCAGCAGUGGCGGCAGCCGCAGUAGCGGUUUCGGUGGUGUUGCUUUCCCCGCAUCCACCACACCAUCAACAGGCGCACAAGCAGCACCUGCAGGGGCCUUUUCCUUCGGCACAUCUCACGCCCAAGGGCCGAACGUGUCCCCCGCGGCAUUCGCCGGCGCGGCUGGUGUCUCUUCACUGGCAUCAACUGCACCGGCAUCCGGCUCUUCAGGCAGCGGAACUGCCUCUGCCUUCGGAAUCGGCACUCCCGACAGCGGGGGCAGAAAUGGUAGCACGCCGUUUGGCAGCAGCAACACCGGCAACACGGCUGGUGGCGGCCCUGGUGCACUUGGCAGCAGCACCUUUCCCUCCACCAGCGCCUUCCCGUCCUCGGCCGCCGCUUCGGCAUCCACCCCGAUCAGUGGCCCGUUCACCAGUGGCGGCGGCGCGCCGGCUCCUUCCGCCUCUGCUCCCCCGGCUCUUGGAGGGUGCUCGAACGGCGCUCCAUCGAGCGUUUUCAGCUGUGGCGGUGCACCGGCCACUCCUGAACAGGGCACGGCUGGCGCGCAGGGUGCGAACAUGAACCCGCCGAAGCCGGUCGGCACCACAUUCGGCGGAGGCGGUUUCACUGCCCACACCAGCGCCAAUGCCUUUGGCGCGGUAGCAGGUCCGAACGCCGUGUCUACCAAUGCAUUUUCUGGGGCUAGCAACACCGCCGGCACCGGUGCUUCCAGCUCCAUCUUUGGAGGCAGCGGCGGAGGUGUGGGCAGCAAUCCGAUGAAUGGCAGCGCGGCAUCCACGGCAUUCGGGUCGAACACGAGCAACAGCAACGCCGGCAACUCGCUCUUUGGCUCCGGCGGCGGCGGCGGCCCUGCUGCCGCUGGUGCUGGGGCAUUUGGAGCGGUGCCUGCAGGAGGGCCGAUACCCGUGUUUGGCAGCAGUCCGGCAGGCGGAAGUGGACCUUCUCGCAGCGCCUUUGGAGCUGCACCGCCAGCCUUCUCGCAACCGCUCGGGACCUCUCCGGCAUUUGGCGGCGGUGGUGGCGGUGCUGCUACGAUGGGGGCGAUGGGUGGGCCGUCACAGGGGACGAGCAUUCUAGGCUCGAGCAGCUCUCGCAAGAAGGCGCCCAGACGCUACUGA